AUGGAAAGACCUCAGCUCUAUAACACCGGGGAUGGAACGAUUCUAUCUGGAUCUACGCAUGGGAGAUUGGAUACAAUCGACUAUGGUGGUGGCUCUGGGGGAUUGACCCCAGAGACACUUAUAGAUACCGUCCACGAAGUCCUCGACAUUGCUCAAUUCGCCGUCCGAAACAUAAGUGGCACUGGCAGUGCUAAUGCCGACUCGGACAGAUUUCUGAACAUUUCAAUGGACGCUCAACAGCGACUCUGUACACCCGACUCGGAUGUCAUUGGUGCUGUUAUGAUUCAUGGCACCAACACGCUCGCUGAAACGGCAUUUGGUAUUGAUCUCACCUUGAACUGCUCCAAGCCUUUUGUCGCUACAGGAUCUAUGCGCCCAAACUCAGCAAUGUCACCCGACGGGCCACGUAACUUCUACGACGCAGUCAGGACUGCUAUUCACCCGGAGUCGCGUGACCGAGGAGCUUUGAUUGCGUUCAACGACCAUUUGGUGUCUGCAUUCUAUGGAACAAAGACAAAUGGCAACACGGUCUCGACAUUCUUAGCCACAGACCAAGGGUACAUCGCCCAGAUAAUUGCCGGGCAGCCGUACUUCUUUUACGGUGCAUCUUUACCAAAAGCUCGCCACUAUUUUAACCCGUUCAAUCUCACCCACCCUCUUCCCAAGGUGGUGGUUCUUUAUGGUCACCAGGGCUUUGACGCAAAUUUGCUAUAUGCGGCUGCUGCAGAUGGCGCUAAGGGCAUUGUUAUUAUGGGUGUCGGUCCCGGCGGUCUGAGCACAGCUGCUACGCAGGCCGCCGAGGAUCUCCAUGGAAAAGGUGUUGUCACUGUUGCGUCGCUCCGACCCCUCUUUGGCGCAGUGGUUCCCAGCCCCGAGCCCGGAAAUAUUAUUAGUUCUGGCUUCUUGCAUGGCGAGCAGUCCCGCAUUCAGCUCCAGUUGGCUCUUGCAUCAGGAUUCGAGUUUACUGAGAUUCGCAGGAUUUUCGAGGGCGAAAUUCGGAAAGCUGUCUUCAACUCUGCCACAAGCUACUAUAACGCCACAAGUGUCUAA